AUGCCAGCCUUGUCGAACUCUCGUCCCAGGAGCAGCCGCGUGCGCGGCUUCGCCCUGCUUGCACUUGGUGUGCUUGCGCUUUGGAACUUCGAGGGGCAGACCGCGUUCGGCAAAGCACCAGUCGUAGUAGAGGAGACCGAGGCGUCUGGCUUGACCAAGGCAGUCGCGGAUCACGCCCUCCUGGUGUCGACGUUGCUGAUGAUCGCCUGCGGUGCUUUUGCGUACACCGAGAAGGGGCUGCCGCAAGCAGCGGGUCCAGCCGAGAAGCGCCCGGACUACAACAGCUUCCUGAUGAUCCAGAACAUUCUUUGCUUUGCAUCUGGCUAUGUGAACGCUUUGGCCAUUAUCGACAUGGGUAUGACGGUCUCUCACCAGAGUGGCAACACCAGCCACACGGGACGUUUGAUCUUGAAUGGGGGCGCAAAGUUCUUCCACUUGAUGCUCACCUUCUGCAUCGGCUCCUUCGUGGCCGGCUUGAGCAAGUGCGACCAGGAGGCCGUGUACCAGGGACGCUACUCGCCUAACCUGUUGGCCGCAGCCUUUGCUACGGUGUUUGGCUGCGGGGUCCACUACUGCAAGGCUGAGGCCGGCCUUGGCAACGACGCAGCCUCCGAGAGCUUGUUGCUGUGGGCCUUUGCGCAGGGCAUCCAGAACGGCAUCACACGAAGGUGCAGCUCCCUGCCGAUCUGCACCACGCACUUCACCGGCUACCUCACCGACGUUGGCGUUGGCCUGGGCCUGUGGGCACGCGCGCAGGCAGACGGCGCCGAGCCGCCCACCCUGCUGAAGGUCCUCCUCUUCGCGGCCGGCAUCUUCUUCUUCGGCCUUGGUGGUGUGGCGGCCAUGGAGACCCACCCCAUCUGGGGCGCACAGGCAGCAUUGGUCCCCGCCGCGAUCAUGGCGGCUGUGGCUGGUGGCCUCAUCCCCGUCAUCAAGACGCCUGCCAAGACCGCCUGA